CCAUCCAUCCAUCUAGCCAUGUGUCCAGCUGUCUGCGUGAGAGAUCUCAGCCAGCACCUCCAACACAUCAGCCUGCACACCAUCAAACACACACACACAGACCAACAUGCCUGGCACUGCCGGAUGUUCUCCCCCGGGCUCACCUGUGUGGUCGUCUCUACUGUGGUAUGAGGUGGGCGAGUCGGUAUUUGGUCAGCAGAGGGCGGACCAAGGACAUCGCGAUGGGGUAGCGGUCAGGCAGCCGCUCCUGGCCCUCGAUGGCCGCCUCGGUCGUGUAGAGGACGAUGUUAACAUCGGUCAGCCACAGAUAGGCGGCGACGGUGUCGCCCUCCUUCAUGCCCUUGAGGACGAUGUAUCGCUCCCGCCCGUCGUCGUUUACCCACCCGAUGCAGUCGAUGGUGGUGCGGCCGUCGAUGGCGUCGCUCAGCAGUCGCUGAUAGCGCUUAUCGCCAUCGGCCACUGUUGCGUCGAAUACCUCCUUCUCGUCCACCCCCUCUUGGUCACACCACUCCACCAACACCAUCCUCUUCACGAAGGCCGCGAAUGAGGGGAGGAGGAAGUCAUGGUAGCGGAUGGGCGGGUUGUGGGGGUCGUAUGUGCGGCGGUAAGGGUGACGGGGACGGAGGGCGGACAGCGGCACCGUUUCGAAGCGCCACUGGUGCUCGCCGUUUCCGAUGGUAUACUGCUGCCGCGUCACCCCACCGUCCCCCUCCAUCGGCUCGUCCAUCUGCCCGAUCCCACCGGCCUCUCCUUCGCUGUCUUCUUCUCCGUCCCCAUCGCCCUUUCCCUCCAUCGCCUCUUCCUUAGCCUUCUUGCCAUCCUGGGCCUCAUCCACCUUGUCGAGCGCCAGGUUGAUCCCCUGGUAGUUGAGGAGGUGGCCGAAUGUGCUGUACUGGCGAAGGGCGAGGGGCAUGGUGUGGAAGUGGGCCUUGGUGGGCAGGUGGGCCGCCAUCCACUGGGGCGACAUGAUCAGCGGCAGACCAGUCGAGGGCGUCAGCUUGUAGAUGUCAGCCAGCCGGAUGAAGCCGGCCCACUCCUCACACCACAGCGCCCCGCCAUGCUCCAGUGCAUAGCAGCACUUGGUGUAGUACUGAAACGGCCUCUCCACGUCCAUGAGGCCCCGCAGAGACCGGCGGCUGAGGUCCGUGUCGAUGCGGGUGAGCAUGAAGGUUUCACCGACGAGGUCGAUGCCGCAGGUUUUGUUGGCCGCCCGUGCUGAGCUGACGGCCACGUCCAGGAAUCGAGUCACGACGUCACGGUACAGAUCCUCAGACAGGGUGCUGGGCAUGCCAUUGUCCAUGUCGGCUGUGGUGUGUUCGGUGUGAGUGGGGGCGGCAUGGGCAGCUGGUAGGGAGGAAUGGGGGUGUGAGGGAGGAGGGGGGGAGGGGCUCGUCGCCGCCAUGCCUUGUGUGAUGGGGGUGAGGGCGUCAGAGGUCGCCGAGAUGCUGCUCUUGAGGGUGGACCAAUGAGAGGCAACAGACGGGACCUGAGGCCAUCAGAGAGGAAUGAGUCAUGGCGGCGGUGGUGAUGGGAUAACCUCUCUGACCUUGGGAGCGACAUUGGCGAUGAACGAGCCUUCAAUGGUCGUCACAUCACACUCCACCUGACCAACACAAGGCCGAGCUGUGUGUGUGGAUGUGUGUCGUCAUCGCGUCCUUACCUGUGUCACUUGUGUCAGCAGCACUGAGAAGCGCCGCUGCAGCUCCUCAAAACUAAGACUACCGCCGGCCACCUGCACACGGACGCACAACACACACAGAGCUGUGAUGGCGCACAGAGGGCGGUCAAAUGUGUAUGGGACAGGCCGCCCACCGAUGCGUCAUGGGCAACAUCCAUCCCGUCCUGCGAUAAUGCUCCACUCAUCUCGUGAUCUGACAAUGCACAGCACAUCAUCUGUCCAUAUGCCUCGCUUCGCCCCAUCCUCUCCAUCUCUCUCGGCUUACCUGCGGCAGCCGGACCGUCGAUGCGCUGGCGCUUGGAGCUGUCAGCAUCAGACAUCUCAAACACACGCUAAUUAAUGAUCAACAGGCGCCACGAAGCGGAAACGGCGCCUGACGCGUCGCUGAAGGGCAAGAGGGCGAUACUCUAUCCAUCACCAGGGCCGAUUAGCGGCUCCUUCCGCCAAUGCGCACCGACGCCAUCCUUCCGUCGCCCUCUUUGUCC